ACUUCAUAGAUGAGCUAUGUCAACCAAAGCCUAAGCAGGUUUCAAAACAUGAGACGACAUCUCCAAAUGCACUGAGAACAUCAUCUGAGAAGGCCACUGGUAUGUGGAAGAGCCAGUCUGCUCCUUCACUCUGUCUUAUAUCUAAGGUGUCUUCUGGGCGAUCCAAACAGAUAGACUUUCCUGGGAGAAGAAAAUGCACUGCCAAGAAUGUGGGUGCAGGUGGUUCAAGUCAAUCUGAAGUAUCAAGUUUGAAUGACCCUGCUUUUGGCAGAUCAUCAGCAAAAUGCAAAACUAGGAGGCCUGACUUUGUGAAAAAGAACCUUUUAAAGUCUACUUGUGGCGAUGUUCUGCAGCUCAUGGAGGUUUCUGCUCUACCUAGACAUGAUUCUAUCCUUCCAAAGGAAUACCUCGACUCCAGUGAUGAAAAUGAAAAAAAUAAUUGCUUCUCUGUAGGUUUGUCAUCUUCAUAUUCUUCACAUAGUCCUGAUGAAAAUAACCACAUUUCUGUUGUGGAUACCAAAGAGAAUCAAUUGCAGGUGGCUAACUCAUGCUUUUUCUUGGAAAAGUCCCUUCCUUUUUCUCAGGAAAAAAGUACUGUGUUGCCUUCUCUCCACCAUGUAACACAGACAAAAGGUGUGACAUUUAAUUUCCAGAAUGUUGACUUAUCUCAGGUACUGGAUGCUAAGAAAGAGCAAGAUGGGAGAAGACCAGAAAGACAUGCAGACAAUAAAGAUUACAAUAUUAAGUCCAGCAACAGUUCUUCAAAAUCAAAAGACAAGUGUUCAGAAAAUCCUCUUGAUUCUUGUUCAGUGGAAGGUUCUGGGAAACUUGCACUCUCUGAAGAGACCAGUGGAAGUGUUCCCUAUUCACUGUCUUUUAAAGAAGGGUGUACGGACAAUGGCCAUAUGUCUUCAGAACUCUCAGGAGAAUUAAAAGUUGAAAGCACCUGUAUGGACAAGUCCAAGUCGAAUGGAAUAUCAAAAAGCAGCUUUGACAAUGAAGAUGAGAGUUUGGAAUGCAGUCUAGAUGAUGAUGAUGAAGAGGAAGUAUUCAUGCCACUGCAAGAAAUUCUCUCUUCAAGUCCCAAGCCACAGGCAGGAACCCUGGAAGAAUCUUGUCCUGACAAUUUCUGUCAGGAUGAUGUGACUCCAUUACUGAAGCUUCAUCUUUCUAAGCCUCCUGUUGUGAGCCAGGUGUCAUAUGUGAACAGCUUGGAACAUCUCUUGAAGGAGAAAGAAGAAUCUAAAAGGGUAGAUGAACUAGAAAAGUGGUUACAGGAAGACAUACGAGGAGGGGAAACUGAUUCUUCAGAUGGAGAUGAUGAGGAGGAUGGCAGUGGAGUUGAAGAUCUCUCAGAAGAACACAGGGUGUUUAUAAAGAGAUUUUCAGUAGUAGCUCAUGCCAUACCUAACUACCACCCUGGAGAAGAGAUAUUUGAUUUAUCAACCUCUGGAAAAAUCUUCAAUCAACAUAACCUUGACUUAAGGAAUUUUAAGUUCGUCCCUCAAAACCCUAUAGAAAAGCUCCUUCUUACUUCUGGUGUAACACAGCAGCUUUCUUUGGUUAUUAAUGGCUUUCUAAGUUCUGCUUACAGUUUUAUCUUGUGUCCCAUACCAAUUCUAAAGUGGCUUUUCCAGAUGAUGUCUGUUCAUCCUGACUAUUGUGUUUCCACCCAGAUUUUAGACAGAUUGAUGGAGAUAACACUAAAAAAUGCUUCCAUCAGUGAUGAACAGUCUAAACCAUGGGUUCCUUCCCUAGCUGAUGUGUCAGCUGUUAUUGUCAAUAUGGGCGUUGCGUUUAGAACUCUAUUUCCGUUGCAGCAUCUUCAGCCCAGCUUUAACGAAUGUGAUAUUUUAAGUCAGAUGCAAGAAACAGUGUGUAAAUCGCCAAGAGGAGACGUGACCUCUGCCAGUCCAGCCUUCUCCAGUCUGCCAGAAAAUAACUUAAUUAAUGUGAUUAAGUUUCUAGGUUUCUGUACAACAGUUAUUCAAGGUGGAUAUACUGAUCAAGAAAUAUUGCUGCUGCUCCUAUUGCUAUUUAAAAUAAGCUUGGAUAAGCAGUUAAAGCAAGUUCCGUUGGUGGAUUUUCAGUGCCUUUUCAUAAAGCUUCUGAUAAGUAUAAAAGACUGGGAUACAAAGAUGCCUGAGCUCUGCCUGGCAGUGAGUGAACUCUCCAGUCACCACCAUAACCUCCUGUGGCUUGUUCAGAUGGUGCCUAGCUGGAUCAUACGUGGACGGGAAGUAAGAAGACGUCUUAGCCUAGUGAUAAUUUUAAAGCUUCUUAAUAAAAAGCAUACAGAAAUACCUGAUGACAGUGACGAGCAGAUGUCUCUUCUGCAGCAGUUUCUGGUCUACAUGAAACCUUCUCAUCUGCUGGAGGAGAUGAGAGGAGGACUGGAGCAGCAGAAUGCUGAUGGAGACCACCUUCCUGCAGAACUAGAACAGGAGGCAUACUACCUAAUCUACAUCCUUCUUCAUCUGGUUGGUGAAGCUAGCUGCUUUGAUGUUGUAAAUUCUAAUCAAAGGCAACACUUACUGAAGCUUUGUAGUGCCUUAGAUAGGCACAUAAAAUGUGAUAUUAGGGAAGAUGCAAGGCUGUUUUAUCGAACUAAGGUAAAAGACUUAGUUGCUAGGAUAUAUGGCAAAUGGCAAGAUAUGAUACAAACCACUCUGCCUACUCAGGGAAAACUGCAUGACUUCUGGGAGCCAGAUUCAUGA